AUGGUAGCUGAUUCAACCUAUAUGCCAACAUCUGAAAAAUCUUAUCCAUUUUCAAUGGCAGAUAGAUCAGCAUUAAAUAAAGAAGAAAUACUUAUUAAAAAUGAUAAAUUAACAAGUCAAGAACAAUGGCAUAAUGUUCGUCUUUGGUUUUAUAAUCCAAGAAAUCGUGAAGUAUGUGGAAGAGAUGGCUUAGGAUGGGCAAAAAUUGCUUUUUCCUAUUUUGUAUUAUUCAUGUCUAUGGCUGGUAUAUUUGCAUCAUUUUCCGGUAUUUUUAUGGCUAUUGUUGAUAAACGUAUACCACCAUAUAGAGGAAAUUCAAGUGUUUUUGCAUUUGAUACAUUACGACCAAAUCCUGGUCUUGGUUUUCGUCCUCAAAUAAGUAUUGAAAAAACUUUAAUAACAUAUCGUUCAUCACAUCGUGAUUCAUGGGGAAAUCAUGAAGGUUGGGGUGUUUAUAAAGAACAAUUAGAUCAAUAUUUAGCUUAUUAUACUGAAGCUGAUGUUCGAUAUCAACAAGUGAUUGAUUGUAAAGGACUUUCAAUUGAAAAACUUCGUCCACAAUUUUAUCAAGGAAAAUCAUGUCUUUUUGAUAUAAAUGUGUUUAACAAGACUUUAUGGACAAGUGAAUUUUCUGAUUAUAUAUUAGUUGAAUGUAAUGGAAAAAAUGAUAUUGAUCGAGAUUUUAUCUAUGAAAUUGAAUAUUUUUCCCAAAUGAAUACAAAAACAAUAGGUGGAUUUCAUCAGAAUUUCUUUCCAUAUGUUAAUCAAGAUGGUUAUCGAAGUCCAUUAGUUUUUGUUUAUUUUAAAAGAAUUGAAACAAAUGUUUUAAUUAAUGUUGAAUGUCGUGCUUAUGCACAAAACAUUGAUCAUAAUGAUAGUCUAGAAUAUAAAACUGGAAGUGUUCAUUUUGAACUGAUUGUUGAAUGA